AUGAUGCCUGAUCGAACAAAAUCUGAACUAGCUCAUUUAUAUUUUAAUUCUAAAACUCAUAAGGAUGAUAUACCAGUUCGACCAAUUGAGAAUACAAUUCGUUCUCCAACACGAAAUAUUUCACAAUUAUUAGAUAAAAUAAUACGACCUAUACUCAAUGACAAAUGUGGUACAACAACUAUCAUAGAUGGUACUUCUUCAAUUAAAGAACUCCUGAAAUAUGUCAAAAAAGGUCUUUUCCAAUCAUCGACUCUUUUUUGUACGUUUGACAUUCGUAAUUUAUAUACAAUGUUACUACAAGAUGAAGCACUUGAUAUUCUUGUCGAAUUUCUUCGUUUCUAUGGAUACACUAAAGUAAAAGGCAUUGAUAUCGAAACAAUACGAGAAUUAGCUGCGAUUGUACUUAAAGAAAAUGUUAUUGUCUAUGGUAAAAAAAUUUAUAGACAAGCUCUUGGUGGUACUAUGGGUUCAUCAUUUACCUUAAAAUUAGCAAAUAUUUUCAUGUGGAAAUGGCAAAAAGAACUCGUACGUCGACAAGAUAUGACAAGUGAAUUUUAUGGCCGGUAA